GACCUUCGUGACUGAUGUAGCUUGCGUCUUGUAGCCUAUCAUGCCCAACACCAAGGUGCAAACGUGAUAUGGAAUUGUCAACAGAAUUUUAAUUCAUGAUGACAGUGCAUUCAAACAGAAAUAGAAGGCCAGCUAGAGAAGCAACGGCCUUCACUGUCGUUGAUUAAAACGACUACGUUACAGCCCACAUUAUGAUAAUGAAUAACCUUUCAAAACAUAGUUUGGAGUAUAUUGCAGAGUAUAAAAGAGCCUCUUUUUCCAGAAUGUGUCUAGUCUAAAAGGAGCUUACGAAAGCAGUCCCAUAACACAAUGCCUAUUAUGAUGCGCCGUACAGGACCUACAAAUUGUCGCGGUCAGUUUGUUGUACUUCUGUAUCAGGUACGUGCCUGCUGGCUUACAAUAUCUUGAGGAUAAUAACAGAGGAAAAAUGAUAGGAGAUAUGGCAGAAUUCCUUGGAUUUCAUGAGAUUUGCUGUCGAGAAUACAUCAUCUUUGUGACAAUAUUCCUCCUCGUUCGUCUACUUGUUUCCCAUGGAUCAUUUAAGAAGAGUACUCCACGGCCUAUUUCUAAUCAACUCCUACCAUUCCCACCGGGACUCCCGUUUUGGGGGAACCUGUUCGCUUUCAAAAAUGACAUGCGGGAUCUUUUUGCGAAAUGGACCGAUGAGAUUGGCGGCAUAUUUCGGCUUCGGAUCGGGCCUGUAAUGGACAUAGUGGUGGUGAACGAUUUGGAAGCAAUAAGAGAAGCAUUUGUUGAAAAGGCAGAGGACUUUUCCGAUCGAAUGAUCCCUCCGAUCAUAGGUGCAGCGUUGGGUCAACGAGGUAGCUUUAUUUGGCCUACGGGGGAUGGAUGGAAGAAGACUCGCAAGUUUGGACACAGCGCCUUUAGAACUUUGGGAGUUGGUCAGAGGAGCAUGGAAAAUAAAAUCAUCGAGGAGGCAAGGUUGUUGGUGCAAACGUGUGAAUUGAAGGAGGGCGAGCCUUUGAAUCUCAAAAAGUUCAUCUCCCAUGCUGUUGGCAACGUCAUUUCAUGCUUAGUAAGUGGACAUCGCUUUGAAUACGAUUACCUAAAAUUCACGAAGGUUGUUGGUGACCUCGAGCUAGUCACAGAAGACAUUUCACUGACAUCCAUCGGCAACAUUUUUCCGCUCCUCUAUUACACUCCACUCUUCGCCAAAUUCCGUUGCUCAAUUCAAGAAACCGUGUCGUAUAUCAAAUCAAUGGUCAGGCAGCAUCAGGAGAAGUUCGACCCUCUAAAUGUCGAGGACCUGAUCGACCUCUACAUGGCCGAAGUAAAGCAGCAACGAGAACAGGGCGUUACCAGUGUUGUCGAAGAGAAUCAGGAGUGGAGGCUGAUCGUCGAUAUCUUCGUAGCUGGCAUGGUCACCACAGGUGAUUCUUUGGUUUGGGCCAUCCUAUUCGUGGCACAGCAACCGGAUCUUAUGAAAGAGAUCCAAAAAGAAAUCGAUGAGGCAAUCGGUGAAGAGCGAUCUCCCAAAUGGUCUGACCGAGAUGCGUGCCCUCUCACUGUAGCAACACUCAUGGAGGUGCUUCGAAUACGUCCACCAGCGCCGCUGGGGUUACCGCGACUUACCAGUAGAGAGUCUUCAGUACAGGGAUACCACGUUCCGAAAGACUCGGUUGUCAUAAUGAAUCUCUGGGAGAUUCUUAACAGUCCAAAGUACUGGAAUGAGCCUGAAAAAUUCAACCCAUAUCGUUUUUUGAGCCAGGAUGGACAACGUGUGAUAGAACAUCCUGCUUUCAUUCCGUUCGGAAUAGGACUGCGUCUGUGUCUUGGCGAAAAGCUGGCAAAAAUCGAACUGUUUAUCAUCUUUGCGAGUCUACUACAGAGAUUCAAGAUUUGCCUGGCGGAGAACAGCCGAUCGGUUGGUAUUGAAGGGAAGGCGGGAAUCACAUAUUCCCCACCAAAGUUCGAGAUAAUCCUUAAGAAAAGGGAGACCAGCAACUGAUAGAGUAUAUAUUAUGAUGUUCAUUUGAACUUUGGUGGGAUAACAUUUCCUUUAAAUAUUGCAUAUGACAGAAUCAUUUUUUAUGUAAAUGGAUAAAGAUUCUGUUUUACUUUCCUAAAUCUAUGGUAAUCUUAUUUAUUCAUCGAUUUGUUAGAAGAGAUUCACAGUUACUUCACUGAUGGAAUAAUCAAAUAGGUUUGUCCUUGUUUUCAAGUUUGAUCGUGCAUGUAUUCUUAAUAAUAAUAAUAUAGAGUUCUUGUACAGCGAAUAUCACAUUUAUCACAUUAUGAAUAAUGUCUCUAUGCGCUUCCAAAGGACUUGUAUAUCAUUACCCCAGCUGUAGCUUGGCAGCCGCAAUUACUAAGAUUACAGCGCACACGCAUUUCAAGGAAUAAAUUCCUACCAGGUACCCAUUCACCUCCCGUGGGUUGAGUGCAGCACAAUGUUGAUGAAUUACUAUUUCUUAUUGUAAAAGCUUUCUUAUUUUAAAAGCUACAGCUUAGCAUUAUUUCUCGAAAUAUAGGUAUACUGUAUAAAGUUAAGUACCUUGUACCUUGUCUUAUUCUACCUUAUGUGUCAUAUUGCAAUAUUCUUUGGGCAACAUCAACGAGUGUCACAAACCAAAUUCUUCUGUUGCAAAAGAAAGCAAUUCGUAUUUGUGCUGGAGUUGGUUACCGUGAUCAUACACGCCCUCUCUUUAUAAAGCUGCAAUGUCUUACUGUUGAUGAUGUCCAUUUUCUUCAAACUUCCCUCUUUAUGUAUCGAUUUAAUGCCAAAAUGUUAGCUACCUGCUUUUCUACUAUGUUUCAACAAAAUAAUGCUAUCCAUACCUACCACACAAGACAAGCAUCUAAUAUGCAUUUGUAUAACCCUCGUACGCUGUUGGCUCACAAAUCUAUCAGACAUUAUGGACCUGAUGUUUGGAAUUCCCUACCUACUAUAGUUCUAGGAAUAUAUUAUCAGUGCAUUCCUUCAAAAGUGCGGUAAAACGCAUACUUGUCUCUAAGAUGUAAUUUAAGCAAGACACAUUUUGGUUGUACUGUACAUUUUAAACUUAAAGAUUGAUAUAAUUUCAAUUAUUAUUACGCCUCACACACUCCUUGUAAAUAUUUGUAAAUAGUUAAGGCACAUAAUAAUUUUUUCUUUUCUUUCUUUGUGUAAUCGUUAGUUUUGACUUUUUAGUAUUCAUUUUUAAUUUUUGUAUGUACUUCAUAUAUCCAAAGGUGUGACAACAGCUCAAGCGUCUGCUUAUAUUUUCAUACCACUGCAUGUUUGCGACCUUGGUAUAAUCAGCUAUGUAAAUGAUCUUAUCAUACAUUAUUAUUAUGUAAAAUUUAAUGUAUUCAAUUUUGUGAUGGUCACACUAUGUACAUUGUCGUGACAUGCAGAAACAAAUAAAUAAAUAAAAAAUAAGUAAAUAAAUAAAAUUAUUGUUAUAUCAGAUGAUUUUUGGAAUAACCAUCUAAUGGUCGAUAACAGGGCCCUGUGAUCGAUUUUUUUGACUGGGGGUGCUGAUGUAAAUUUGACAAGCAAAAACAAAAUGAAAAAGGUGCACUGAAAAAUGAAGGUAAUUUUGCUCCUGAAAAUUUUGAUAAGCAAAAAAAAAGGGGGGGUCAACAAAAUUUAAGGUCAUGUUUGUUACAUUUAUCUUUUUUCACACUUAGCAGAAUUCGAGGGGGUGAUGCCCAUGCUGUCUAUGGAUAAUAAUACACGCAGCAACCCUAGCAUGCACCCCCGCUUCCCAGGGUCAUGCCGCCCUCGGAGGUUAUAUAUUUAUUUUUAAAAGCUGUUAAACCAUUAGCAAUGUUGUGAACACUUGACACCGAUUAUAUAUUUUUAUUGAAGGGUUACUCCGGGUUGAAAAUGUUUAAAUUUAUGUAAAUAAAUAAAGUAAAAAAAAAAAAUUUCACUGCGCAAAACGCGGUGUCAUAAAAAAUUACAUAUUCUGAUAAUAACAAAGUUAUUGAAUUUUUGCUCUAGCGUUGUGUAAACAGUUAUACGUACAUCGUCGUAAUAUUAUAGGUGGGCUCAUGAUGACAUGUUCCCACUUUCCCUUUCUGUUACAUGAAAUUAAAAGUAUUUGAUUGUUUACAUUCAUUCGCCAAUAGGAAGAGGCUGAAAAUAACUUAAUAAUCUACUCUUCCCUCCGUAAUCAACGAUAAAGGAUAAAUAUCUUCUUAGAUAAAAUAUGUGAGCGCGAGCUGAGAAAUUUUGAUAUUCCAAUCUGAAAAGGGAAAAAUUUAACAGGAAAUAGAUCCCACCUUUUCUAUGAUGCGAGCUCAAAGUGCAUGCUAUCUGAAAUAAUUUUCCGAUCUAGGACUAUUCGUAGAAAUUCAUGAAAAGAUAUGUUUCUCAUCAUUUAAUUGGCCUAAUGAGCGUGCGAUCUUUUAAUAUAUAUUCAGGCCUGAAAACGGAGCAUCGUAAGCACCUUUUGUAAUCGUUAACAGGAUACGCGUGUUAAUGAGUAUUUUUAACUAUUAAUACGCGCGCGAAGCGCGAGUCGAAAUUUUUAACCUAAUAUAAAAAUUGGAUGUUAAGUAGUUUUUUUGAAUGAAUAUGGAAGUAUAUAUAAAAUAUGAGAACGCAGAGCUAUGAGUUUUGAAAAUUGGACUUGGAAAGGGAUAUUGUUCCGAUGGUCGACAGAACCUAGCUGUAAGUAAACAUUCAACCCACUGCAAGAGAGAAGUUCAAGUUUAAGUAUAAACAGACAAAGUGGAAUGUAAUCUUUACAUUUUUUUACAGACGGUUCCAAAAUAGUUGAAUCGGAAAUAGGUUAACGGUGUAUUAUUGUAAAAAAAAUACAUUAAGUGUAGUGAAUGAAUUUAUAUGUAUUCAUUGCAGAUGACCAUUCAAAAUUAGCAAUUAUGACGGCCAUCUCUACAUUUUUAUGGGGAAAAAGAACUUUUUACCAAAAUACCGAAUAUUUUCAGUAUACAUUACUCGAUAUUGCUCUAAAAUGAGACAAGUGUGCCUCUGACAAGAAAUUAGCUAGUCUCUUGUCACAGGCACACUACCGAAUUGCUUCUUGGACUUUACUUGUUGGAAUAUCAUCUAUGCCUUGCUCUACCAUGUCCACUGCAAGUACUUAAUCGCAAAUCUCAAGCUAGGAAAAAUGAUCAAUUAGACUCUUUGCUUUGAUUUUAAACUCAGACACCACUGAUAAUACUUCGCAAUGAAAUUGUGAAUUUUUGGUGUAUUGUACUGUUAAUAUUUAUAAAAAGUGGAUUUAACUAUCUGAUUUGGUUUUCAC